AUGCGAGACAGGGUUUUUGCGCGACAAGGCGCAAUUAGACAAAAGAAUGUAGUAAUAGUGAAGGAUCACUUAUUUAUAUCUCGGUAUUUUAAGCAGCCAACGUGGUGUGGACACUGCAAAGACUUUAUUUGGGGAGUUUUGGGAAAACAGGGCUACCAAUGCAAUGUUUGCCUAUUUACAAUGCACAAAAGAUGUGCUGAGUUUGUGACGUUUGGUUGUCCGGGCCUUGAUAAGGGUCCGGAUUCUGAUUUUAAAAAUUAUCACAAGUUUCUACUGCACACAUAUGGGAGCCCAACCGUCUGUGAUCAUUGUGGCUCACUUUUACACGGUCUCGUACAUCAGGGAAUGAAGUGUGAAAAGUGUGAUAUGAAUGUUCACACAAAAUGCAAGGCGAUGGUCCCAGGGCUGUGUGGUGUUGACCACACUGAACGUCGAGGUCGUAUUCAAUUACAAGUGCAUCACAAAGGUGGUUAUCUUGACGUUAAGAUUUUGGGUGCCAAGAAUCUCACUCCGAUGGAUCCGAAUGGUCUCGCAGAUCCUUACGUGAAAAUCAAACUUAGUCCUGCCGAUGACAACCAGCGCGUUAAAUUGAAGACGAAAAUAAUUCGCUCUACGCUCAAUCCUUCGUGGAACGAGGAGUUUCAAAUUGCCCUUGAGCCGGAGGACAUGGGCAAGCGUUUGUCAGUGGAAGUGUGGGACUGGGAUCGGACCUCGCGAAACGACUUCAUGGGAUCCCUUUCCUUUGGUGUGGGCGAGUUAAAGAAGGCCCCUACAAGUGGAUGGUUUAAACUGCUCUCUGCCGAGGAGGGCGAAUUUUACGCCUGCCCGUGCAUCGAUGAAGCCAGUGAAGCCCUAAUCGAGUUAAAAAAUAAAUCUAUGGAGAGUCCCAGUAACAAAUCCUGCACUACUAAAAUUUCGCCAAGUCUUCACAAGCAAGAUAUCCCGCGGGCUUCCGAUUUCAAUUUGCGAGUUGUCCUUGGAAAGGGCAGCUUCGGAAAAGUUGUCCUGGCAGAGAGAAAGGGCACAGAUGAUGUCUUUGCAAUGAAAAUUCUUAAAAAGGACGUCAUUCUCCAGGACGAUGACGUUGAGUGUGUGAUGGUGGAGAAAAGAGUUCUUGCUCUACAAGAGAAACCCCAUUUCCUCGUCAAACUUCACUCCUGUUUCCAAACUAUGGAUCGGCUGUACUUUGUGAUGGAAUACGCGAAUGGCGGGGAUCUUAUGUACCGCAUACAACAAGAUGGACGAUUUAAGGAGCCUGUUGCUGUAUUUUACGGUGCCGAGAUCGCAACUGGGUUGUUCUAUCUGCAUGCUAAUGGAAUCAUUUACAGGGACCUUAAGUUGGACAACGUUCUCCUCGAUUCCGAUGGUCAUGUGAAAAUAGCCGACUUCGGGAUGUGCAAGGACGGUAUCAUUGGUGAUGAAUUAACAUCGACCUUUUGUGGGACCCCCGAUUACAUUGCACCAGAAAUCAUAAGUCAUAAACCCUACGGAAAAGCUGUGGACUGGUGGGCAUUUGGCGUCCUUCUUUAUGAAUUCCUGGCAGGUCAACCUCCUUUUGAUGGAGAUGACGAAGAGGAGCUCUUCCGAAAUAUCGCCAUUGGAGAAGUUUCCUACCCAAGAUCCAUUUCUCGCGAAGCUUGCCUCAUCUGCAAAGCUUUUCUGACGCAGGAUCCAAAACACCGAUUAGGUAGCGGACCGAACGGUGAACAGAAUAUAUGCGAACACCCUUUCUUCCGACACAUAGAUUGGCGAAAAAUUGAAAACAGGGAGGUCCAACCACCUUUUAAACCAAAAGUUAGCAGUCAUCGAGACAUAUCUAACUUCGACGCGGAAUUCACCAAGGAGCAACCGCGGUUGACACCAACGGAUAAACUCUUCAUUAUGAACCUCGAUCAGACUGAAUUCUCCGGCUUUUCUUUUGUCAACCCCGAAUUCGUUGUCGAAGUCUAA